AUGUCGAAAGAUUGCGGCAACCACGGUGGCGGCAAAGAAGCAGCCGUCCGGCGAAUCUGCGCCGCCAUAAUCGCCUUCGUUCUAAUAGUUCUAAUCACCAUCUUCCUAGUUUGGGUCAUACUCAGGCCAACCAAGCCAAGAUUCAUCCUCCAAGACGCCACCGUCUUCGCCUUCAACCUCUCGCAACCAAACCUCCUCACUUCAAACUUCCAGAUCACACUCGCGUCUCGCAACCCAAACUCCAAGAUCGGAAUCUACUACGACCGUCUCCACGUCUACGCAACUUACCGGAACCAGCAGAUAACUCUCCGUACGGCGAUCCCUCCGACGUAUCAAGGCCACAAAGAAGACAACAUCUGGUCUCCGUUUGUCUACGGAACCGCCGUUCCCAUCGCGCCGUACAACUCCCUCGCUUUAGGAGACGAGCAAGGUCGUGGACCUGUCCCGAUUAUGAUACGCGCCGAUGGGCGCGUGAGGUGGAAAGUAGGGACGUUGAUAACCGGAAAAUAUCAUAUCCAUGUUCGUUGUGCGGCUUUGAUUAAUCUUGGAAACAAAGCCGGUGGUGUUCUUGUCGGUGACAACGCCGUUAAGUUUACGUACCUUAAUAGAUGCAGUGUGAACGUUUAG